AUACACGCGUAAGAACACCGAACCGUUUCUUCGUCCAGGUAAAAAUUUGAACCGAGAACACAGCGUCACAGAGAGAGAGAGAGAGAGAGAGAAGAAACUCGAACUCCCCAGUUUCAAUGGCGAUGGAUAUAGAGAACAGAUCAUCACCGAUAGAGUUUCCGUACUGGUCUCCGCUACGUCGGCACUACGAUCCCGAUGCUCUUUUCUUUGCACCUGGAAACAUUGAAAGAGAGCUUCUAGCCAAACAGGUUGCAUUGGAUGUUAGUGAGGAUGAAAAGCAACAGCUUCAAACUAUGGAAGAUGUUGAAAACAGGGAAGUAUUUUGUCCAAUUGUGGGUUGUGGUGCUCGUUUGAAUACUCUAGAUGUCUUUGAAGAUCACUACAAUGCACGGCACACUGCAUCUUGCUCAACUUGUUCAAGAGCGUACCCAACAUCACGCCUUCUCAGCAUACAUGUUUCUGAAGCACAUGAUUCUUUCUUUCAAGCAAAAGUUGCUCGUGGCUAUGCUAUGUAUGAAUGCCUGGUCGAGGGCUGUGGAAUGAAGCUGAAGAGCUACAAAAGCAGGCAGCAGCAUCUUGUAGACAAGCAUAAAUUCCCUGCUUCAUUCGAGUUUCUAAAGAAAACACACCCGUCGAAGAAACAGAGGCAGAAGUCCCAACGAAAACAAUCAGGUCAGAGGAUGGAGGAGGAUUCAAGUUCAAUGCAAGUAGAACAAGAAACCAUAGAUGGUCUUGUUUCGGCAGUAUCUAAACUGACAACGUCAGACACUUCUCCGUCAUCCAUCAGCUUUGGCCGUCGGCACACUCGUGGCCUUACGUUUGUCCCUCGGUCUGUUCAGCGCGAAAGAAAGCUGGAUUCCUCGCCUGCAGGAACAAUGAGAUAGGCAGUGUACUUUGUGCAUGAGUCUUGAAUCUUGGAUACUGAUGCCAUGCAUGAAUUGCGGAAAAAUGGACUUGUGAGUAAUGAAAAACAUGAAGUAAUGAAGUGAAAAGUCUGUAUUUAUUUGGCUUCCCUUUUGUUUCGCUUCACAGCUAGAAUCCCUCCUCAACCCCGAAUGCCUGAUCGGAACAAAACUUGGAAAGUUCCCAAGGUAGCCAUCUUUGUAGAUUAGGUUAUCGCACAAAAAGAUGAGGAUUCUUUUUAUCUUUUGAUGAGGAUUCUUUUUAUCUUUUGGUGUUGCGUAUAAGGUUAUUUCUAUAUAUGCAGGUGAUUUUAGUCGUGCCAUUCGAAAUUGGUCCACUGAAGGCUAUUACUUGGUCGGGAGAUCUUGAGUGCGAUUUAUGUUGUUUGCUAGGUUGCCUGAUUUUGUCCAUGUGAAAAUGCAUGCCAUGCUGUAAGCAGAUGAGUUGAGGGCUGCUAUUUCCCUUGUUUUGUCGCUUAUCAUGUUUGAUUGAAAGUGAAUUGAGAGUGAGCUGUAAACGAGCCCUACGAGCUAAAAUAUGUUUGAGUUUAGCUUCUUUAUGGGCGGGAGAGGAUCUCAAUCAAGCCAAUCAUAAACUAAUAUGAGUAUAUUGAUUUUGUAUGCA